AUGUCCAACAACUUCAUACGGCCUGCCUUCAGGGCAGGUCGGGCUGCCCUAGGGGCCUCAGUACGGGCUGCACCACCGUCCCAGCAAUCCAGAUGCUUCUCGGCCUCGACGCCACGGCAAGCAGGCAAUGUCAUCACCUUCUCCAAGACGUCCAACGCCAAGCUCGACGGCCUCCUCCACGAGAUGCAGCAGAAGAUCAUCCUCCCCAGCGUGCUGCCCCUCACCCAGAGGAAAAAGAUCUUCCGCGAGCGGUACAGGGAGAAGCUGGAGCUCGAGCCCAUCGAGAUCGAGAUCGACGGCAAGCGCCUCAAGUUCCGAUACCUCGACUACAGGAAAGGCGAGGUCCCCAACACGCGCAAGAUCUUCUUCCAGGCGCUCGACAACAUGAAGACCAAGGAAGACUGGCAGGAGCUUCCCAAGCUGCUCGAGGCCCUGCAGCACAACGCGCGCCGCAAGUUCGAGGUGUCGGACUGGCCCAAGAUCGUGAGGAAGGCCGGCAUGAGCGGCAACCUGGGCCCCAUCAUCGAGGCCGUCAAGAGGCCCGAGAGGACGGGAUUCAAGCUGGACAUGUCGGAGAAGGUCCAGGAGAUCAUGAGCCUCAUCGUGUGGGAGGCGGCCGAGGCGGGGUGGAGUAUCUCGUCGCUGAACACGGCGCUCAAGUCCGCCGAGAGGAUACUGGAGGUCCUGGAUGGGGAGGGCCACGAGCUCCACACGAGGGACAAAGAGCGCGCGAAGCUGAUCAAGGACCGUUUCCCCCUGAAGAGAGACCCGCAGAUCCUGGCCACGCCGCUGUUCCUCACGGCCAUGCUUGCGGUCAAGCACGGCAAGACCGAGCACGCCGACAAGAUGCGCAGGUAUGCGCAGGUCAUCGUGAGCCAGUGGCCGGAGGGCAAGGGGCUUCUGGAGCUUCAUCCGCAUGAGGCUUACGUCGACGUGGAAGGCACGGCGUACCUGAUGGAGAAGAACAAGUUUGUGCUGGCGGCGUCACCGAUCUUGAAGGGCUUCGACUUGGCCAUGGAGGGAUUGAGCAGCGACCUUGCGAGCCAGAUCAAGCUGCGGAGGGAACCACUAGCCGCGGAAGUGAGGGGCGCUCUUGAGGCGGAUGACAUGAAGAAGGGGCGGGGCAAGUACUUGUACGAGAAGUGCUUCCUCGAACCUAGUGAGGCACAGAAGGAGGCUGAGGCCGCACAGGCGGCGUGA